UCUCGGUUGAUAACUCUAUGUACUUUAUUUGCAUUGACAAAGUAAUUAGAAAUGGCUGCUGAAAUAAAGCCAGCAUCGCGACCAGCAAAUAAUCGUUUUUCCACAACAAAAAAACCGGCUUUAUUAUCAAAAUUAGAGGGUUGUAAUGAUGAUAUUAAUGCUGCAGUAUUAAUUCCUGGUGAAGAUGGAGUGAUUAGUGUUUCAGAUGACAAAACCGUUCGAGUAUGGCUAAAAAGAGAUUCAGGGCAAUAUUGGCCGAGUAUUUGCCAUUAUAUGCCGUCAGGAGCUACGUCAAUGUUUUACACUGUAGAAACUCGUCAGUUAUUUAUUGGACAAGAUAAUGGCACAGUGUCAGAAUUUACAUUAGCUUCAGAUUUCAAUAGACUUCAACCAGUACGUGAAUAUAUCGCACAUCAAGCACGAGUUACAGAAGUGUUAUUUGCAUUAAAUUGCGAAUGGGUUUUAAGUAUCGGUCGCGAUAAAGUUUUUAUGUUCCAUUGUACACAUACGGGACAUAGACUUGGUAUUUACACAGCUGAAGCCUGGUGCACAGCAUUACAGUUUGAUGCACAAUCUAAACACGCAUUUGUUGGUGAUUAUUCUGGUCAAAUAACAAUGUUGAAGCUAGACAAUUCUGGUGCAACCGUUGUAACCACAUUACGUGCACAUACUGGAUCUGUUCGAACAUUAGCUUGGGAUUCAGAGAAACAAAUGCUAUUCAGUGGUUCAUUUGAUCAACUUGUUAUUGUAUGGGAUAUAGGAGGGCGUCAAGGAACUGCAUACGAGCUACAAGGACACAACAACAAAGUAUCAGCUUUGGCAUAUGUAAGUAGUAUUGGACAAUUAAUAAGUGCUGGUGAGGAUGGUGUAUUAGUAUUUUGGGAUAUGACUCAACCACGCAAAGAGACGCCAGAAUGGAGUGAAUCAGAUACAUGUCAAUUAUGUAAUCGUCCAUUCUUUUGGAAUUUACGUGCAAUGAUGGAUCAACGACAGUUAGGUUUACGUCAACAUCAUUGUCGUUAUUGUGGAAAAGCUGUUUGUGAUAAAUGUUCCGUUGGUCGUCAAGCCAUACCCAUAAUGGGCUUUGAAUUUAAUGUACGCGUAUGUGAUCCAUGUAAUGCAACGUUAGACGGUAUUGAAAGACCUUCAAGAGCAACGUUUCAUGAUGUUAAACAUCCUGUUGUUGCAAUGCAUUUAGAUGAAGCUAGAAAAAGAAUAUUGACUGUUGGACAAGAUCGUCUUAUUAAAGUUUGGGAUAUUUCUGCUCUUUUUUAAAUUAUUUUCUUUAUAUUUUUCAUUCUCAGUCAGUAUUUAAUGUUAUUGUGUAUCGCGUAAUGUAUUUAUGUAAACUCAAUAAAGUUGUUAACUUUAGUUUCCUAUACACAUACAUCAAGUGGGUGCAUUAAACUUUUUGUUUUAUACGUACUAUUUCAAAUAAAAUGUCAUAGAUAUAUUCCUAUUUUUAAGGAAUGUGGAAUUUGUAAGUUUAGGCGAAAGAAAGAAACCAACUUUAAAAUAUAAAGAGAUCUAACGACAGUCAUAUCAUAUUAUGCUAAUUCAUAAUUCAUUAGCUGAUGUAAAUAAAAAAUAUUUAUUGAAAAAUAUCUAUGAGUGGUCAUUUGUCACUGCCAACUGCUUGUGACGUUUAUUUAAAUAUUUUCUACGGUGUACGAUGUAAUGUAGGUCUGCAUGCAAAGGCCAUAUUAGUGUUGUCAAUUUGGGAUAUUUUCCCUUAAAUUUAGAUUAUUUUUUUCAUUUUGGGGAUUUUCAAAGUAUGCUUAGAGGUCUCCAUUUAUAUACCAUACACCGAUAAGUUCACAGAAAGAAUAAAAUAACACAGUUAAUGAAUUUGAACUUCGA